AUGCCAGGUUCAUUCCCUGGCCUACUUUCUUCCGCUAGCCUCAAUGUCAUCUUUUCCUUUGCUACCCCCUACUUCCAGCUGACCUUCACCAUCUGUCUUGAUCUUGUCCCCCUCACCACAGGGGAAUCCAAGAGCACCAUUGCUACCAAGGGCCAACUGCCCACGACCUUUAGUAAGCGGGUGCCCAGGGCAGGCAGGAAGGGCAACACGCCCUCCAGCCUCAGAGCCGCCCACUCACCUCCCGUCCCCUCAGCUGCCCCUUCCCGCCCCCCUCGAGCGGCCUCUCCCCUGCUCCUGCCCUGGCCCCGCCCGCCACCCAGCGCGCUCUCCCUUCCGCCAUUGGCCCGCCGUGACGGCAAUGGCGCGGCCUCCCCGCCGCGCACGCGCAAGCGCCGCCCGGCUCGCGGGCUCGCGCGCUCGCGCGGGUGUCCGUUGCCCCGCCUCGCCCCCGCCCCCCCCCCGCCCUCCACCCCAACGACUGUCCGCGAGUCGCCGCGGCCGUUGUUGUCAGUUGCGCCGCGGAGCCGCCACAGCGGCAGGGCUCGGCGCAGCGAGAGCUGGCCCGCCGGGCAGGGGGCACCGGGCGCCGCAGCCGCCGCUCCCGAGCUCCCGCGACCUCAGGCGAGGUUCCUCCCGCUGGGGGUCCGCGACUCUUUGCGUCCCUGCCCGCCGCGCUCCCCGUCCCCGCCGCCGCUCCCCGAGGGCAAGUCGCGGCGGGCGCUGCCCAUGCAAGGGGCGGCGUGGGGCGCGGCGGCCCGAGGAGACGCCGCUGCUGCAGGCAGUAAGUUGCCGGCGGGGCUGGGCCGGGUUCAGUAUGGGCUGGGCCGGUGA